AUGGAUGUGCCGAGAAGGUGUCCUCUCCCUCUGUUUGUGCUGAGUACUUUGCUGGCAGUGAGGGCCGUAGAAGGAUCCAGGAACCAGGAUUGGCUUGGUGUCCCACGGCAACUCGGAACUAAGGCCUGGGACAGGCAGCUGUACCCUGAGUGGACAGAGGGGCAGGUGCCUGACUGCUGGAAAGGUGGCCGGGUGUCUCUGAAGGUCAGAAACGAUGGACCUACACUGGUUGGUGCAAAUGCCUCCUUUUCUAUUACCCUGCACUUCCCUGAAAGUCAAAAGGUAUUGCCAGAUGGGCAGGUUAUCUGGAGCAACAACACCGUCGUCAAUGGGAGCCAGGUAUGGGGAGGACAGCCAGUGUAUCCACAGGAACCUGACGAUGCCUGCAUCUUCCCUGACGGUGGACCCUGCCCGGCUGGUCCUCAGCCUCCCAGAAGAAGCUUUGUCUAUGUCUGGAAGACUUGGGGACAAUACUGGCAGGUUCUGGGGGGCCCGGUGUCCAGGCUGAGCAUUGCAACAGGCCACUCGAGGCUGGGCACACACACCAUGGAAGUGACUGUCUACCACAGACGGGGGGCCCAGAGCUACGUGCCCCUUGCUCAUUCCAGUUCACCCUUCACCAUUACCGACCAGGUCCCCUUCUCCGUGAGUGUGUCCCAGCUGCAGGCCUUGGAUGGAGGGCAGAAGCGAUUCCUGAGAAAUCAGCCUCUCAUCUUUGACCUUCACCUCCACGAUCCCAGCGGCUAUCUGGUUGAGGCCGACCUCUCCUACACGUGGGACUUUGGGGACAACACUGGGACCCUGAUCUCUCGGGCAGUUGAGGUCACUCACACUUACCUGGAGUCCGGCUCAGUAACUGCCCAGGUGGUACUACAGGCUGCCAUUCCCCUGAGUUCCUGUGGUGCCUCCCCAGUCCCAGGUACCACAGACGGUUACAUACCAACUGCGGAGGCAUCUGGAACCACAUCUAGACAAGGGACCACUACAGAAGUUGUGGGUACUACAGCUGGCCAGAUGCCAACUACAGAGCCCUCUGGAACCACAGUUGUACGAAUGCCAACCACAGAGGGCAUAGCUCCUACCUCCGAGCAGUUGCUGACCUCAGCGGUCCUGGAUACCACACUGGCAGAGAUGUCAACUGCAGCCGGUAGAGGUAGCACACCCACCAGGGCCUCUGGAGCCACAGAUGCAACGACCACAGGGUUGGUAGAAACUACCCCUGAAGGGUCACCCACUCCUGAACCUGAGGGUCCAGAUGCCAGCCCGUUUCUGCCUACAGAAAGUUCUACAGGGUCUGUCACCCCUCUCCUGAAUGGCACAGACACCUUAAUGCUUGUGAAGAGACAAGUUCCUUUGGAUUGUGUUCUGUAUCGAUACGGUUCUUUUUCUCUCACCCUGGACGUUGUUCAGGGUAUUGAAAAUGCUGAGAUCCUGCAGGCCGUGACAUCCAGCAAGGGUGAUGCGUUUGAGCUGACUGUGUCCUGCCAAGGGGGGCUACCCAAGGAAGCCUGUAUGGACAUUUCAUCGCCGGGGUGCCAGCCCCCUGCCCAGAGGCUGUGCCAGCCUGUGCCACCAAGCCCAGACUGCCAGCUGGUUCUACACCAAGCUCUGAAAGGUGGCUCAGGGACCUAUUGCCUCAAUGUGUCUUUGGCUGAUGCCAACAGCCUGGCAGUGGCCAGCACCCAGAUUGUUGUUCCUGGUCACCAAGGUGGCCUCGGGCAGGCUCCCUUGCUUGCAGGUGUCUUACUGGUGGUGAUGGCUGUGGUCCUUGCAUCUUUGAUGUAUAGGCGCAGGCUUAGGAAACAGGGCUCAGUCCGUCCUGUUUCCCAAACACAGCGCGGCAGCACCCACUGGCUGCGCCUUCCCCCAGUCUUCCGCACGUGCCACACUGGUGAAAACAGCCCCCUCCUAAGCGGGCAGGUCUGAGUACCCUCACGAGUUUCCUGGGGCUGACAGCAAUGCCUGCAUCCCUCGGUCUUCCCUUCGAGGCUACCAAUACCUGAAAUAAAUUCUCAGAACCUUG